AUGCCCACCGCCACACCCGAAAGGAUCGGACAGACACAUGGUCCCACAUUUAAUCCAAGUGGCCAUUGUCCCCGUUUCUCAUCUUUCCAAAACAGUCCCAUUGGGCAUAGAUUGACCCUGCCAGACCCACUGCCGAUUCGUCCGGUUAUCAAUCAGCCUGGGUUAAGUUUUAGGCGGCUUUCAUAUAAAAGAAUCAAAAUGGUCCUCAUCACCCGCGGCAUCUCCCUCACCAACUUCCUCGUCGCAUCCUCCGCCCUCGCCUUCCAGGUCUUCGUCCUGUAUCCCUGGCACAAGCAGCUAGACGAGAGCUUCGAGGACCUGAAGAAGGAGCAUUUGAAGGUUCUGCAGGUUUUGGAUCGGGUUGAGCAUGGCAAGACGGGUGGCUCGGGGGGGAGUAUUCGGGAGCAGAUUGAGUUGAAGAGACAGGGGCUUUAG